UUUGGUUCGGGGGUGGGAGGGGUGGGAGCGAGCACCUCGCGCGCGCUCCAGUUCUGCCCAGCCCAGCCCGGGAGAAGGAGAGCACGCGCUCGCGCUCGUGCGCGCCACUUUCCCUCCUCUACGCGCCCCCUUCCCCCCUGCCUCUGGAGUUAGACGGGCUCGGGUCCUCUCCGGCCGCUCCUCCCCAGCCCCAGCCCCCGCGCCCCGCGCGCCACGCCUGCCCCUGCGCGCGUGCCUGCCUAGCCGCUCGGCUUGGCUUCUGGCAGCGCCACUUCGCUGCGGGGAGGGCGGCGGAAGAGAGGGAGGAGGGAAUCCCCUCUCUGGCCCGGGGGCAGGGGGUGGGGGGAGUGGCGUCUGGGCUUUCCCUUUGCUGCAGCCUCGGGCCGGCCGCGGCGAAGUUGGGAGGUUCGAACCCGGGAGGAGGAAGAGAAAGAGGAGGAGAAGGAGGAGGAAGCAGUAGCUGAGGGGCUCGCUGGCCGCUCCUGCACUUUUUUGCCCCCCCUCCCCCUUCACUGCCCUCCUUCCGUCCCCCCUCCCUCGGCCCCACCAUGGAUGAUAAGCCUCUGCUGCAGGACCGACCCCCUGCCUACAACCUGGAGGCCGGCCAGGGCGACUACGCUUACGGGCGGCACAACUACGGGGCCAUCCCGGUCGCUCCUACCCAGCCCGGACUCCAGCCCGGCUUCCAGCCGGGCUUCCAACCCGGCUUCCAGCCCCCGCCGCCCUACCCAUACAACGUUGCAGCUCGGCCUACCUAUGCACCUGGAUCGUACAAUAUUCCAGCACAAGGUGUGUUCCAGCACUCCAGUGCCAUAGUAGUUGUUGGAGGCUGUCCAGCCUGCAGAGUUGGUGUUUUGGAAGAGUCCUUUACCUGCCUAGGUAUCCUCUUGGCCAUUCUCUUGUUUCCCAUUGGGAUUAUCUGCUGUUUUGCUUUGAGAAGGCAAAAAUGCCCUAACUGUGGAGUAGUUUAUCUCUAAAUGGAACAACACAACCCAGCUUUCCUAUCCCCACUUUUCUUUUUCUAAUGUAAAUGUCUUGUAUAAUAGCUUUAUUUGAUCAAGUAUCAACUGUUUUGUAAAGUGUGAUGGGAUAGCCAAUGUUUCUUGGGCUUGUGGUUUGCAGAAUAUGGAAAAAAACAAACUUGCUUUUCAAAGUUAAUGACAACUCUGAUUUAAAACGCGGGCUUCUUUUUUUGCAGUUUUCACUUUGUGCAAAUUGAGAAAUGCUGUUUUUAUAAAUGAGGUUCAUACUAUUUUAACUGGUCCUGCUUAAUUUGAUGUUUGCACAUUGUCACUUCUGAAUAUUUUUAAAAAAUAAAGUUCACUCACCUCAA